AUGACGGACCUCCUCAAGAUACUGCCGUCGUUUCCUACAGGACCCUUUGCCGCGCUACUACCCGUGGUCGAACAGCAUUCGCUCUCCACGACGGACCUCCUCACGCGGCACCCAGUCGACCUCGCCAAGCAGACGCGCAUUCCGCUCCUCGACCUGAAGCGCUUCAUCGCCGUCGUGCAAGCCUCCCUCGCCGAUGACCUGACGCCCGAGAAGCCCCUAGCGGGCCCGAAACCGACAAAAAGAGACGCCGAAGAAGACACGGGAGGGGCCGAAGAGGCGCGGAAUGGCGCCACGACGAGCAGCGCGUCACCAGAAACACGGCUAGAUGCGCCGGUGCGCGCUGGCCCCGCGCAGACGCCGUGCAUCAGCACGCUCGACGACACGCUCGAUGAGGCGCUGGGCGGCGGCGUUCCCGUAGGCUACAUCACCGAGUUCGCGGGCGAGUCGGGCGCCGGCAAGACGCAGUUCCUGCUGUCGCUGUGCCUGGCCGUGCAGCUGCCGGCGCCGCGCGGCCUAGGCCGGCAGGCGCUAUACGUCUCGACCGAGGCGGCACUCGCGACGCGGCGUCUCUCGCAGAUACUCGCCGGCAGCGACGCGCUGCGGAACCUCGACGCGGCGGUCGACCGCCCUUCGCUCGACAACAUCCUCAGCACCGUGACGCCGGACCUCGAGUCGCAGGACCACAUCCUCGAGUACCAGGUGCCCGUGCUGCUGGCGCGCCACGACAUUGGCCUGCUCGUCAUUGACUCGGUCGCCGCCAACUACCGCGCCGAGUUUGAGAGUCGCGGCAGCUCCCUCGGGUCCAGCAUGGCCGCCCGCAGCGCGCAGCUCGUGCGCCUCGGGGCGCAUCUGCGCGACCUCGCGCGCCGGCACGGCAUCGCUGUCGUCGUCGCUAACCAGGUCGCCGAUCGCUUCGCAUCCAACGCCCCUCUGUCGUCGUCGCUCGCGCACCGGACUGCUACAGUACCGCCCGCGCCGGAAAGUCCACUGGCGUCGCGCAGCAGACAGCAGCAGCAGCAGCAGCAGCAGCAGCAGCAGCCGCCACCAUCGACGCUGCAAGCUACGCCGACGUCGUCGAUGCCGAUGCCCACUCCAAAUGACCGGCCGCCGCCGCCGACGCUGUUUCUCGACCACCAGCAGCGCUGGUUCACCGGAUGGGGCGACGAGCCGCGGUCGUCGUAUGCGCUCAAGACGCCGAGCCUGGGCCUCGUGUGGUCGACGCAGAUUGCGUGCCGCGUGGCGCUCUUCAAGCGACCCGUGUACGGUCGGCCGAGGAGGUUUGCCGCGCCGCUCGAUGCCAACGACGACGACGACGGUGGUGGAGAGGACCGGGAGCCCACGCUCAAGUCGUGGCGGCGCUGGAUGAAAGUCGUGUUUGCGCCGCAUGUCGCCGCGUCGGGUCAGGGCAUUGCUGAUGCGGCCGAGUUUGAAGUCACUGCGGGUGGGCUAAAGGGUGUACGCAGAGACCAUGGCAAGACCAAGGGUUGA